AUGAUAUUCAAGAAUUUAACUACAUUCUUUAAAUAUAAUGACGAAAAUGGAGGAUGCAUUUUUAUUAAGAUUCCCAUAAGUGGAUGUAGAAUAGACAUCUAAGAUAUUGUAGGAUAUAAUAUCUUAGCCAAAGACUUUGGCAGUUUUUUAUUUAUCUCCUCUAAUUAAGAUCAACUAAACUUGACAAUUAAUAAUUUAACUUUAUCAGAAUGUAUGUCUAAGAAAGGCUCAGCUAUCUAUGCGGCUUUCUAAAAAAAUUCAUUAUAAAAUGUUAUAGAACUUAAAAAGAUAAUAGUUAAAAAUUAAAAAGUUGCUUUAUUUAAUUAUUUGAAAUAAUUAAUAAAUAAUAAUAAAAAACUGUUGGAUAUUAAUAAUAAUGUAUUAGUUUAUGUUGAAAAUACAAUUCUUAUCUUAAAAGACAUUUUAAUUGAUAACAUCUAUAGAGAAUCUAUUUUGGAGGCUAUUGAUUAAGGAGAUGUAACUUUGAAUAAAAUAACUAUUUUAGGUGGAACUGCACCAUAAUAAAAUAUUAUUCUAAUUCAACUUAGGGAAGGUAUUUAUUUAUUAUUUUAUCCAAUUAGAUUUGUCUACUGUAAUUAUAAUAAAAAUGAUUUCAUUCAAUAAUAUGAAACAGGUUCAAAAAUAAAAUGGAAGAUGUGAAAUUUAAUAAAUUAUUAUCUCUCAAAAAAUCAAUAAUAUGUAAUGUAGUUCAAAAGGCAGUUCAAACAAUCAAAAUUUAAUAAUGGAUGAAAAAGAGGAUAACAUUGAAUAAAAUGAAUGUUUGAACUAAAAAUUGCUUUUAUCAAAUACUGACUUUUAAUAAUCGGCUAUUACUAUAGGCUAAAUUAAAAGUAACGAUUUAAUUUAAAUAUUUGACAUAAAUCUUUCGAAUAAUAAUUAUUCAAACUCAUUAAGUGGUCUCAUUUAUCUUUAAAUUAAUAAAUAAGGCUUAGAUUCAUAUUCUAUAUUGAUUAAAGAUUUAAUUAUAAUGAAUAACUUUUGUGGUUUAGCAGGAUGUUUUUAUAUCAAUUUUGAUAUUUUUGAUAUAGCAUCUACUACAUCAAUAUAAAAUAGAUUGCUUGCAUAAAAUACAGAAAAUAUAUUGUAAUUAGUUAAUCAUGAUAUAAUAAUUUAUAAUUAUUAAUGCUAAGAAAAUGUUGCAGAUUUUGGAACUUGCUUUUUAUCCAAUUAAACUAAUGUAAUAAUUUUUAAUUCUAUAUUUAUAAAAAAUCAAGCUAAAAUAGCUGGAGGGGCAAUUUAUUUUAGUGGAAAAUAAUCAUUCUUAUUUCUAGUUGAUUGUCAGAUUAUUAAUAACAAUGCUAGUAUAGCUGGGGCUAUUUAUUUUGAUAACAGUGUUAGGUAGGAAAUGAAAAAAUAUAAUUCUUUUGUUUUUGAUAAUUAGGCAUCAUAUUAUGGUUAAAAUGUGGUUUAAGCUCCAACCCAUUUAUCUAUUACUUUAAAUAAUUAUCAAUACAUUUAUAAUACAGUUAUUUUACAAAAUUCUAGAGAUACUUUGAUAGAAUCUGUUAGUAAUUCAUUAUUGUAUAAAUAAAAUGUUAUUUAUUUACCAAGUGGAACACCUAUAAAAGAAUACAAAAAAUUUAAUGAAGAUAAGGAAGAGUUAGAAUCCUAAAAUUUAACAUUUAGAAUAGUAGCUUUAGAUGAUCAUUAUUCAAAAUUAAAUAAUUUAACUAAUUCAAAAUGUGAUCUUUAGACUUUUAUUUUUGAUAUAGAAUAAAAUAAAUUACUAGAAACUUCAAACUUAAAAUUUGUUAAUAAAAGAACUAUUUCUUUUGAUCCUAUUACAAAUGAUUAUAAUUUAGAUGAUUUAAUCAUUUAUUUUGAUAGUGAAAAUACUAAUAAAACAUAAUUAUAAUUAGUCAUUACUUGUUCUAGUAUUUAAAUACCUUAAUAUGACGAAGAAAAAUUAAUAAUUUAAUCAUUUCAUAAUAAUUAUAAAUUACUAGUUAAUAUCAACACUUUCAAAUGUCGUGUGGGUUAGAUAAAAUCUCUCAUAGAUCUUUCAUGUCAUGAAUGUGAUCCAAGUUUAGAUUAAUAUUCAAAUUAACUGAACUUGAAUAAAUGUUAUAUCAGAGAUGAAUAAUCUACAAUAAAUGUAACAUCUCAUGGAUUAAAUUUACGUUCUGUAAUUAUUUAUUAUAAAAUUAUAUUAGGGUUUUUGGAGACCUUACUUUGAUAAUAAUAUUAUAGAAGAAUGCUCAAAUUUAGUGGAAAAUUGUUUAGGAGGAUGGAACUAUGGUGACAAUUCUUGUUUUAAAGGUCAUAUAGGGGCUCUUUGUGAAUAGUGUGAUAUUUAAAAUAUUAGAGGAGAUGGAUACUUUUCUACAUCUUAAUAAUAUUCAUGUGGGUCAUGUGAUGAUAUAAGUUAUAAUUUAGUUUAAAUUAUAGGAUUCAGCAUUUGGUAAUCUAUUAUAUAUAUUAUUAGGUCUCUAAUUACAAUUGUUCUUAGUGUUAAAGGAGCUAACUCCGUUUAAAAUUACUAAUUUGAAUCUCCUUAUUUAAUCAAGAUUCUUACAAAUUAUUUACAGAUUAUUAGUUCAUUAACUUCUUUUAAGUUAAGGUUACCAGUGGAUGUCUUUUACUUUUUAAAUGGAGUUGGUAAUCCAAUACAACGAAUAUCUUAUUCUUUGGAUUGCUAUCUAAGUAUUAAAUAUUUUUAUUUUAUUAGGUUAGAUAUCUUCUUUAGAUAUUCAUUAUUUAAGAUUGAUUUGGCAAUUAAUAAUCCCUUGUAUUUAUUUUAGUAUACUAUCAAUCAUUUAUUCGAUGUUAAUUUAUACCAAGCAUCUCAAUUAUCGAGGACCAAUUGUAAUGACUGCAAUUAUUUAUAUGUACAUAUAUUUUCAGCCAAGCAUUAUUGGAUCACUAAUAGCUUUGAUUUCAACAAGAAGAAUUUCUAAUGUUCCUUGGAUUCAAGCUAAUGUGGCAUUUAAAUUUGAUACAUCUACACAUAUUAAUUGGGUUCUGACUUUUUGUAUACCCUUUUUGUCUUUAUUUGGUAUUUUAAUACCCUUGGGCUUACUUUUAAGUUUGUUUAAAAUUAGAAACAAACUUAUUUAUAAAAGAGGCAAAAGUCUUCUUGGUUAUUUAUACUAUGAGUAUAAGCCAAAUGCAUAUUUUUGGGAGAUCAUUAAAAUCAUUACAAAAUAAUUACUAAUAUUAGCCUUAAUCUAUUAUGAAGAUUCAAUCAUUUUAAAAGGAUCUUUAAUUUACUUUAUUCUAUUUAGUUAUUGGUCUUUGAACCUAAAAUAUUAACCAUUUAAAUCUGCUAGAUUAAAUCAUUUAGAUUAUUAAUCAACAAUAAUUUGUGAAAUAUCUAUUAUAAUUGGAAUUGGUUUAAAUAUGGGAUAAUAAUAAGAAUUUUUUAACAUUUCAGUUUUAUACUUUUUUACAUUAAUAGCAAUUAAUAUUUUUUUCUUAAUUAAGCUGAUAUUAUACAUUUUUAAUGCCUACAUGAACGAAAUGGAAAAAACAUUUGAUUUAAUUAAAUCAACAAUUUUAGAAAAUUUGCCAACAAAACUAAGAAUGAGUUAGUAAUGUUUAAGAUUACUAAGAACUAAUGUUGAAAGCAGACAAAGAGCCAAAUAAAAUUUUUAGAAAUUAAAAAUGGCUUACAAAAAACAUUAAGCAUAGAAAAAAUAAUCUAUUAAUGUUUUUUUAUAUAAUGCAUUGGCUUCAUAAUAAACAACUCAAAGAUUAACGUAUAUAUUUACUUAUACUUAGCACUAUUUCAAGUAGAGGUAAUAAAUUGAGUCAAAUGAAUUUAAUCCCUUAAGUAAAGUUUUCAAAUCCAUAUAGUGAAAAAUGA